UUUCCGUGGAGACAGGUGGAGGAUUAUUUUACAGGUGAGACUCUUGUGUCACUCGCAGAGACCGUCCGGGAAAUAGUUUACCUAUCAGCUCCUUGGCCUCUGCCUCUCGCUCUAGGUGCAGUUUAUUUAUCUCUUCAUGUCAACCGGCAGCAACUUAAACUUGUUCUAAAUGAGACUUAUAGAAAAAUGGGCCAGUUACAUGAGGAGCACAGACAGCAUCGGUCAGGAAACAAAACCAUCUGGAACUCCACAGGCCAGUGUGACUCUAAACUGCGGGAGCUUGGAGAACAAUGUCAGGACCCAGGAAGCUGUUGACCCCCAACCCCCAUCCGAGACCACAGCGCCUGCACCUGAGGCACUGCCUUCCCGAGGCACCUGGGGUGGGAAGCAUGAGUUCUUGCUGUCCUGUAUUGGAUACUGCGUGGGACUGGGUAAUGUCUGGAGGUUCCCCUAUCUCUGCUAUCGCAAUGGAGGAGGUGCUUUCCUGAUUCCAUACUGCAUUAUGAUGCUAUUUACUGGUCUGCCACUCUUCCUGAUGGAGCUCAGUCUGGGACAGUAUGGAGGAGCUGGACCAAUACAUGUGUGGAAAUGCUGCCCUCUGCUGAAAGGGAUUGGAAUCGGAAUGCUGGUUGUUGCAUCUUUGGUCUCUCUUUACUAUAAUGUGAUUAUCGCCUGGACAUUCUUCUAUCUGGGCAAUUCUUUCCAGAACCCUUUGCCUUGGUCCUGUGAGGCUCCAGCAAACAUUCACCUAUGUCAGAAUUUAACUGCCAACUUGACUCACCAGAGUGCCAGUGAAGUCUUCUGGAAUGAGCGUACCCUGGGACUGUCAAGGAGCUCAGGUCUACAUGACCCAGGCCCUGUCCGGUGGGAACUGGCCAUUUGCCUUCUGGCUGCCUGGGUCAUUAUCUUCUUGUGCUGUCUGAAAGGGAUUCGCAGCUCAGGCAAGAUUGUUUACGUGACUGCUACAUUCCCCUACCUGGUCCUGAUUGUGCUGAUAAUCCGAGGAGCCACACUCAAAGGCUCCCUGCAGGGCGUGCAGUUCUACCUCAGUACUAACUGGAAGCGUCUGGGGAGUGCUCAGGUGUGGAAUGAUGCUGCAUCCCAGAUAUUCUAUUCCCUGGGGAUUGGUUUCGGAGGUUUGCUUUCAAUGGCAUCUUACAACAAGUUUGACAACAACGUUGUCAGGGACACCCUGGUCAUAGUGACCGGCAACUGUAUCACAAGCUUCUUCGCAGGAUUCGCCAUUUUUUCCAUCCUGGGUCACAUGGCCUGGAAGAAAGGUGUGGCAGUGGAAGAUGUAGCAGAUUCUGGUCCGGGGUUAGCAUUUGUUGCUUACCCAGAAGCCCUAGCACUGCUGCCUGGUUCGUUCAUUUGGUCAAUCCUGUUUUUCCUGAUGCUCUUCACCCUGGGGAUCGAUACACUGGUAACUAUGGCCCUUGGCACUGGCUAA